AGGAGUUCCAACCAAUUCCCCGAAAAACUCGCUCGAAAUGGAUGAGGAAUACGAUGCCAUCGUUCUCGGAACCGGCCUCAAGGAGUGCAUCAUCUCGGGAAUGCUGUCGGUUUCCGGAAAGAAGGUUCUCCACAUUGACCGAAACAACUAUUAUGGAGGAGAGUCAGCUUCACUGACUCCACUUGAGCAACUCUACGAGAAAUUCCACGGUCCACAAGCCAAGCCACAACAGGAGAUGGGACGUGGACGUGACUGGAACGUCGACUUGAUUCCAAAGUUUUUGAUGGCCAACGGGCCAUUGGUCAAGCUUCUCAUCCAUACUGGAGUCACUCGCUACUUGGAAUUCAAGUCGAUUGAGGCCUCGUUCGUUGUGAAGGGUGGAAAGAUCUACAAGGUGCCGGCCGAUGAGAUGGAGGCUCUUGCCACUUCCCUUAUGGGAAUGUUCGAGAAACGUCGCUUCAAGAAGUUCCUCGUCUGGGUGCAACAAUUCGAUGAGAACAAGGAGGACACUUGGCAAGGACUUGACCCACACAACAGCACAAUGCAGCAGGUUUACGAGAAGUUUGGCCUUGACGAGAACACCGCCGAUUUCACCGGACACGCGCUGGCCCUCUACCGUGACGAUGAGCACAAGAAUCAACCAUACGCUCCAGCUGUUGAGAAGAUCCGAUUGUACUCUGACUCAUUGGCUCGUUAUGGAAAGUCACCAUACUUGUACCCAUUGUACGGAUUGGGAGAACUUCCACAGGGAUUCGCUCGUCUCUCGGCCAUCUACGGAGGAACCUACAUGCUCGACAAGCCAGUCGACGAGAUUGUGAUGGAGAAUGGAAAGGCUAUUGGAGUCAAGUGUGGAGAUGAGAUUGUCCGUGGAAAGCAGAUCUACUGCGAUCCCUCAUACGCCAAGGAUCGUGUCAAGAAGACUGGACAAGUUGUCCGAGCCAUUUGUUUGUUGAACCAUCCAAUUCCAAAUACAAAUGAUGCUCAAUCCUGCCAGAUUAUCAUUCCACAAAAGCAAGUUGGAAGACAUUAUGACAUCUACAUCUCAUGCUGCUCCAACACGAACAUGGUGACACCAAAGGGAUGGUAUUUGGCAAUGGUCUCCACCACUGUCGAGACAGCCAAUCCAGAGGCUGAAGUUCUUCCAGGACUUCAACUUCUUGGCGCAAUUGCCGAGAAGUUCAUUCAGAUUUCCGAUGUUUAUGAGCCAUCUGACUUGGGAUCUGAGUCACAGAUCUUCAUCUCUCAAUCUUAUGAUGCUACGACUCACUUUGAAACCACUUGCAAGGACGUGCUCAACAUGUUCGAACGUGGAACGACCAAAGAAUUCGACUUCACCAACAUCACUCACUUGUCGUUGAAUGAUCAGGAAUAAUUGAAUAUCCAUUCCCUUCUUUUGAGUACUCUGAUUUGACGCUUCUGAUGCUGCUUUUGCUCUUUUUUGUCGCCUCUAUAAAAAAAACGAUUCCCGUUCCGUUUGUUUCUCCUGUCCAAUGUUCAUUUUCAACCGAUUUUAAUUUAUUGUAUUUUCUCUUUUCCAGUCUCUAUCCUCAUGUGAUUCCCCGAGAACCCUUUUUUUAAAUUUCAAUUUUCGUCCCGAAAACAAAAUUUCUUCCCACUAUUUCCUUUGUAUUUAACUUUACAAUUCCCAAACAAAGUCCGCUUCGUAAAUCUAUAAAUCACUUUAUCCUUUUG